UCCAGUGGAAAUGCAGUCUAGAAUGAGCCAGCCCAACGGCCUGCCGCUGGUCUGUCAAAACGCCGGUGCUCUCGCCGUCAAUGCGAGACGCUUUAACCCCCUUGGGGAAGGGCUAAGUGAGAGAAAAGGGAUCGUUACUGAGGAAGAGAGCGUCCAGUCUGCUGCUCACUCAAACACAGGAGGGUGGGAGGUCCUGACUGAGGUGACAAUGGGAACUGGACUGAUGAGGACAGUGAUGAGGAGCAGAGUGCUGGAGCGUGUCUUGCUGAAGACAAGGAGGAGGGUGAGAUAGAGACAGGAUCUAGGCUGACUUCUCCUACACCUGUGUGUGUGUGUGUGUUUCUGUGUCUCUAUCUGGCUGAGGGGGAGGCACAGAAAAUAAAGAAGAAAGAAUGCAGAGCGGACAACCGCGGAACAGCGGCGCCAGUAACGUCCAGCGAGACGAGAAGAAAUCCUGUUUUUCCAACAUCAAAAUCUUCCUGGUAUCAGAGUGCGCGCUGAUGCUGGCACAGGGAACCGUGGGGGCUUAUCUGGUUAGCGUGCUCACCACUCUGGAGAGGAGAUUUAACUUACAGAGCGCUGACGUUGGUGUUAUCGCCAGCAGCUUUGAGAUUGGAAAUUUAGCCCUGAUAUUAUUUGUGAGCUACUUUGGGGCGAGAGGGCACAGGCCACGCCUCAUAGGAUGUGGGGGCAUCGUAAUGGCCCUGGGGGCUUUGCUUUCUGCCCUGCCAGAGUUCCUCACUCACCAGUACGAGUAUGAAUCUGGGGAGAUUCCCUGGGGACUGGAAGGCCACGACCUGUGUGUUGGGAAUGUAUCAGCAAGCAGCCAAGAACAGGAGGCCAAGAUAAUCUGCAGGAACAGGACUUCUACCAACAUGAUGUACCUCCUACUAAUUGGAGCUCAAGUCCUAUUGGGUAUUGGUGCUACUCCAGUCCAACCUCUUGGUGUGUCUUACAUAGAUGAUCAUGUCCAAAGGAAGGAUUCCUCCCUGUACAUUGGAAUUCUCUUCACCAUGUUGGUUUUCGGCCCAGCUUGUGGUUUCAUCCUCGGCUCCCUUUGCACCAAGUUCUACGUGGAUGCAGUUUUCAUUGACACAAGUAAACUGGACAUUUCGCCCGAGGACCCUCGCUGGAUCGGAGCUUGGUGGGGAGGCUUUCUGCUCUGCGGUGCUUUGCUCUUUUUCUCGGCUCUCUUCAUGUUUGGAUUCCCGCAGUCUCUGGCCAUCAAGGGUGACCGGAUCCCCGAGAGUGAGCAGGCCAUGCUUCCACAGAAUAUCCCGCAGGAAUUUGAGAGACCGAAGCCCAGCAAUGGAGUAGCGGAGCACCUCCAUCCGUCCAGCACCUCUUCGUGUUUCCAACAGCUGAGAGUGAUUCCUAAGGUCACCAAGCACUUGUUGUCGAACCCAGUGUUUACAUGUAUCGUUCUCGCUGCCUGUAUGGAGAUCGCUGUAGUUGCAGGAUUUGCUGCUUUCCUGGGCAAAUAUCUUGAACAGCAGUUCAACCUCUCUGCCUCUUCCGCCAAUCAGCUUCUGGGAAUGACAGCCAUUCCCUGUGCAUGUCUGGGCAUUUUCCUUGGAGGGCUUCUAGUGAAAAAACUCAGCUUGACACCUCUGGGUGCCAUUAGAAUGGCGAUGUUAGUUAACCUCGUGUCCACUGCCUGCUACAUUUCCUUUCUCUUCCUGGGAUGUGAUACAGGACCCAUAGCUGGGAUCACUGUCCCUUACGGAAACACAUCCGUCUCAGACACGGAUUUGGACCCCUAUGCGCCCUGCAAUAGUGAUUGUGACUGCAAGACAGCAGCUUAUAACCCUGUCUGUGGAUCUGAUGGAGUUACCUACUUGUCCUCAUGUUUUGCUGGCUGCUCCAACAUGAAUCUCACUGCCUGUGCUUGUCUGAACACCGGCCCCAUCAAGAAUGCCACUGUCAUCCCCGGCAAGUGUCCAAGCCCGGGCUGUAAGGAGGCUUUCCUGACUUUCAUGUGCGUGAUGUGCAUUUGCAGCCUCAUUGGAGCCAUGGCCCAGACCCCAGCUAUCAUUAUACUAAUCAGAGCCGUCAAUCCUGAGCUCAAGUCGUAUGCACUGGGAGUUCUGUUCCUGCUUUUGCGAUUGCUCGGUUUCAUUCCUCCGCCUCUCAUCUUCGGUGCUGGGAUCGAUUCGACGUGCUUGUUCUGGACCACAAUUUGCGGGGAGCUGGGAGCCUGUAUGUUAUACGAUAACGUGGUUUAUCGGUACCUCUACAUCAGCAUCGCCAUCACGCUGAAGACAUUUGCAUUUAUCCUGUACACAACGACCUGGCACUGUCUGAGGAGGAAUGCCAGCAAGUACAUCAGGGACGAUGAGAGAAAUCUCCAGCCACUAACUGCGAGUGACCUUUUUGCAUCAACCUUAACGUUGGACACUGUAGGAAGGGACUCCAGCCAACCUCAUUCUCAAAAGACCAAAUUUAUCUACAAUCUUGAGGACCACGAAUGGUGUGAAAAUAUGGAAUCAGUCCUAUAAAGAAAACUUUUGAAAUUCAUUUUGUACUUUUUUUUGGAGAUGGAAAAAGAGAAACAUCGUGACAAUGCCAGAAGAUGCAUUUGCAGACUUUUCAACAUUUUACUUUAAAGUUCUUGUUUCCAGGCCAAGGACAGGACUUUCUAAUAAUUGCGCGAUGGCUUUCGAACACUUGUUAAUGUUUUUGGGGAAAACUAAAGGGGUUCAUCAAUGUUAGCCACUAAUUGUCAAGGACUGUAAUGACAACAAACAUGAGUACCACGACUUGAAAUGCUGUGGUAUGCCACAUCACAGGGUGAGGGACAUGGGUCUGCUCUUGCAAUUCUAGUGCCCUAUCGAUUUCAGCUGAGGGCAGUUACCAGAUCAAAGCCAGGCACUGCCCUUACAGCAAAUCGGUAGGACCAUCAGUUUUACCUUAAACAGACCAUUUUUAUUUGGGGUAUUCGGAAUGACCAUACUCCCCAAAAGCUUUACCUGGGGCAUGGGGAAAGGAGAAAGGGUGGGGGUAGGGGGGCAGAGGGGAGAACCAACUCUGAAUCCUGAAUCAUCCAACCUAUGACAGCUGGAGUCGAAUCCCUUUAAAAAGGCACAGUGAAUAACAGAUCUACAAAACCUCACGACAAGGGAGUAUGAGGCCACAUGUGAGCUCAAAGGUAGAUGAUGCGUGCCACAGAGUUCGAUGAAAACACCUUGACCAAAAUAAAGAACAAAGGACCUCUGAGAAAUGAGAUUGUAACAAAGUCUCUGAACACUUUGAUCUCAUGUAAAUAAAUUUGUGACCUUGCCCACACUUAGCGAUAGAUGAAAGAAACAAUUUGCCUCAUUGGUGUCGGUCAAAGUGGUUCAAUUUUGACAUUGGAUACAAAAAAGGUCCUUUUUGAUACUGAGGUUUUUCACUAAAGAAAUUGCUGUUUCUCAUGCUGACAACUCCCAAAAAAAUGACUUCUUCACAAGUUGCGUGUUAUCUGAAAUGUUAUAUUUGAGUUUUAUAUAGCAGUCUGAGAGAUCCCUAAAUGGUUCAUUGAAAAUCACCGGCCUAAUUAACCUUUAAUUUGGUUUACCAAAUUCACACACAUCCAACACACAGGCACUGACAUACCGUUAGAGUGGGGAGGUGUUGAUGUUGUGGUAAUAUCACUAGACUAGUAAUCCUGAAUCCAGUUUGAAUUUUACCAUGCCAGAUGGUGAAAUUUAAAUUUAAUAGCAAGCUAGGUUAAUGGUGAUCAUUUAACACCGUCAAUUGUUAUAAAAAGCAAUUUGGUUCAUUAAUAUCCCUUUAGGGAAUGAAAUGUGUCAUCCUUAGCUGGUCUGGCUUAUUUGUGACUCAAGACUCACAGCAGGAACGUGGACAUGAAGAGUGUUGAUCCUAUUGAAUGGUGGAGAAGGCUCGAGGGUCCAAUAGGGUU